UUCUACAGCAUGGUUCGCACUGCAUUGCCGAUUUUUAAAAUGUCACUGAACAGCUGUAAGCUUUGACGUUUCUAAAGCAAUAAUAAUCUAGUUUAUGCAUUUUUCUGCUGUACUAUUUUCCAUCAAAUAAAGUAAACUUCUUAUUAAGCGUAGCAAUGUCUUUGGGCCCAUUUUUGCGUACUCCAUUUACGGAUUUAACUGGAUGUUUGAUCAAUCACCAGACUUAUGAGAAAUGUGGCAAGAUGGAAAUGGAAAUGAUGGACUGUCUUGAAGCUUAUGGAGUUGAAAGAGGUCAAAAAAUGUGCUCCGAUAUUAUAGCAGAUUUCAGUGAAUGUGUUGGUGUACAGAAGCAACUAAAGAGGUUCCAUGCAAUGCGUAAUGAACGUCUAAAGCAGUACUAUUUUGGUGAUCGUAAAAAGGAAGAAUUAUUUGCGGAUCCUCCUAGAGUUGAUGCUUAUUAAUAAACAAAAUUUAAUGAAUCUUCUUUAAAAUUUUGUAUUUUGCUUUUGUUAAAAAAUUCUUCUGCAUAUGCAUACAAGAGAUACAUGUUAUGUUUAUGGUUCUGAAGAUGUGUAAAAUAAUUGAAAAAAGUAAAUAGAAAAGAAAUUCUUCCAAAAGUUCCAAAUAA